AUGUCCUCACAUCGUCACCCUCUCGAACUCGAGGUUUUAACCUCCCUCAAUCAUUACCUCUCGAAGAAGAAUAAGAAUUUGGAAUCUUGUCCUUUGGUUUUUGUUCCUCAAACUAUUGUAUAUGAACAUAACUUUCCGACUGUUUGGUAUCAACAAAAUCCUGCUACAAAGGAAUUUAAAAAGAAGAGUGGUAAGGAAUUGGAAACAAAGGCUAUCAUGAAUGAAUUUACUAGAAAUAUCGUUGUACCAAGAAGUGGAACUGGAGCAUCAGGAGAUCAACAAGAUCCUAACGCUGCAGCAACAACACAAACUCAAGCAACUCCUGCAGUUGAUCCAAAUAAUCCUGCAGCCUCUAAUGAAAAUGUUAUGAAUAAUGAUAAUCAUCACGGAAUUGUUGCCCAAUUCAUUUCUCAAACUGAGGAUGAAAAAACUGGUGAAAUAAUCAAUAAUGUUGAAUUUUUGGAUGUUGAUAGUUUGGAUGAUUUCCUCUUCAAAAGAAAGAAGAGAGACAAGGGUAUUUUACAACAAUUUAUCACUCCAAAAGGUCCAUACAACUUUGUUAUUCAAGCCAUCUGGUCUCCUCACGUAACCAAGAUUGAGAGGCGUGUAAAUAUUCAUAGAAUUACUGAUAGAAAGAAUUACUCUCCAUACGAAAGAGCAGUCACUUAUGAAGGUCCAAGUCACUUUAGUAAUGAAGUGUUUUGUGCUCCUCACUUGGAAAAGGAAAUUAAGAGAGUUUGUUCUGCAAUUGUUGACCACUUCUUUAGUGUUGAACACAAGAAUAUUACUAGAAUGGUUUUGUACUUUAAGGUUGAUCCAAAGAAUAACUUGUACUUGCUGUGGAGUAGCAGUAUUAGAAUUGGUAAUCAAAAGAAUGAUAAGCCUAUUGUGACUGUAAACAAUGGAAACACUCUCACUCCUCCAAAGAGAGAACCAUUAAAUCUCUCUCCAAAAUUCAACUAUAAUCAUUUCGAUUCUCAAGAGGAAAAAGAUGGAUCAAAAUCAAAGGAUGAUUAUGGUGACGUUUUGGACAAGAUUGAUAGUAAAAAGCCAAAGAAAGCCAAGUCCAGUAAGGUUGAUACAACUCAAUCAUUAGCAAUGACUGAAAAUUCAUUUGACUUCUCUACGAGAGAUGAAUUUGAUAAUAAUGAUGGAAAUAACGAUUGUGACAGAGACGAAGAAUUCCAAAAAAUCAAACAAGAUUUACAACAAGAGUUAGACGACUUGCUCUAUUUGGCUUACUCACACUUCCUUCACAAUAGUGAAAUUGAAGAACAAACUAUGGAAUUCCCAUUCUUGAUGCCACCAAUUUUAUUGAAGGCAUUCGGUGAGGAAAGUACUUUGGUUCAACUUUUUUCGAAUCGUGAUCUCAACUUGACAAGAGACGAAAGAGAAGACGGUGUUUACAUUCUUAGCCUCAAGCAAGCUUCAUCUAUGAAUAAGUUGCAACAUGAAUUCACAACUUUCAAGGAAUAUCUUAUGGAAUGUUUCGAAAGUGAAGGAUAUUACGAAUCAAACUUCAAAGUUCAAGAAUAAAUUUAACAAUUAAGUUU